UUGGUGCGGGGUUUUUGGAGAACUGUUAUGGAAAGCACAUUUUCGCCGGAAGACUUUUACUCGUGGACCUCCCUGGUUGAGACGUUCCAAUUUUACUACAUUCCCAUUCUGGUUUGUCUAGGGACUGUUGGUAAUUCCAUCUCCGUUUACGUGUUCUUCCACAGCAAAAAAAUGAGACACCUUUCAUCGUCUUACUAUUUGUCCGCCUUGGCAGUAAGUGACACCUUAUUCCUGCUAUCGAUUUUCAUGGUUUGGCUUCGUUUUUUCGAAAUAGACGUGUUCAACAACGAAGGCACAUGUCAAGCCCUGAUCUACAUCAGUGCAGUUUGCAGUUUCUUGAGCGUAUGGCUGGUGGUUGCCUUCACGCUGGAGAGAUUCAUUGCCGUCAAGUAUCCUUUGAAUCAACGUUCGGUAUGGACAGUGGCCAGAGCAAAAUUAGUAAUACUCAGCCUUGUAGUAUUUGCUAUUAUCCUUUAUAUACCGCUCGUUUACUUGUCCGCAAUAACCGACCAUAGUGGUACAAGCAUCUGCGGAAUUCAACCCGAACUGGCCGAUUUGGCAAUCAAAUUCAACUACAUAGACACCUUUCUGACCUACGUGGCACCAGUCACAAUAAUCACGUUCCUAAAUAUAUGGAUAGGAAAGAUCCUAUUUCAUUUCACCAAGAUAAGAAGAGGAAUGACUAUGAGAGGAAGUAGAUUCGGAAAGGCAUCCGACUCGCUGAAAUUGAAAUACGCUAAUACGAUAUCCCAGAAGAGUAUCACCAAAAUGCUGCUGAUGGUGUCCACCGUCUUUCUAUGCUUCAAUUUUCCUAGUUACAUUUUGAGAAUAGUUGCUUAUUUAAUUGAGGUGAAAGCAGUGACAGUAUAUCCUUCGUAUACUUUGCAGCAGUUACAGCAAUGGUGUCAGCUGCUUUUUUAUACAAAUUUCGGUAUAAACUUCAUUCUUUAUUGUGUGAGCGGUAAAAAUUUUCGAAGAGCUCUCAAGAAUUUGCUGAAAAUUAAACGGCCACAGCGUUCUGGAAAAAGUGAAAUUAUCGUUCUAACUGAUAGCAGAGUACAAUCUAGUGGAAGCUCAUUGGCAUCUAUAAGAAGAAAGCUGAAUUUCCUUUGAAA